GCGGACUCAGCCGCCGCCGUCGCCGCGAAGCCUCUGCCGCCUGGAAGCCCUGGCCGUCCGGCCGGGAGGAGCCCCGCGAGAAGUGCUGCCGGGAGCUCACCGUCCUCCGCUAGCCGUCCGAGGUCCUGACUGCUUUGACAUCCCCUUUUCCAGAGGGAAGGGAAACAAAUUCCAAGCAGCCCCUCAGGAUUCACUCCCAAGGAAGGUUCCAGAAGCCUCAGGUGCAAUCCUUUUAUCUCAAAAAAAUACCGGCUCCUUUCCUACAGCAACUGGUUCUUAACAGGCCUUAGUGACCUAGCUCUGCCCCCUGAGAUGAACCAUGACUGGCUGGAGGACACUUGCCACUGACCACCCAGAUUCCAAUCUUGCCAGGAGGUGACUGACCCAUCCUCCAGGCUCUCCCAGCGCAACUUUCCCACCCCUGCCCAGAAAAGUGCCGUGGCUGCAUCAGACAACAUGUAGUAGGGCUGGCCACAGUGCCCAGUAAGCUGCGAUGGUUUUGUACACGACUCCCUUUCCCAAUAGCUGUCUGUCUGCCCUGCACGCUGUGUCCUGGGCUCUCAUCUUCCCAUGUUACUGGCUUACAGACCAGCUGGUGGCCUCCUUCAAGCCCACCACCAUUGAGAAACGCCAGCUCUUCUGCACCAUUCUAUCUACACCCAUCUACCUGGCCCUGAUUGUGGCCGCACUGCCCUUUGCUUUCCUCGGGUUCCUCUUCUGGUCCCCACUGCAGUCUGCCCGGCGGCCCUACAUCUACUCCCGGCUGGAGGACAAGAGCUCAGCCGGUGGGACAGCCUUACUCCGUGAAUGGAAGGGCACAGGGGUUGGCAAAAGCUUCUGCUUUGCCACUGCCAAUGUCUGCCUCCUCCCUGACUCAAUAGCCAGGUGCAACAACCUUUCCAACACCCAAGCACGGGCCAAAGAGAUUGGGCAGAGAAUCCGUAAUGGGGCUGCCCGGCCCCAGAUCAAAAUCUACAUAGAUUCCCCCACCAACACCUCCAUCAGUGCAGCCAGCUUCAGCAGCCUGGUGUCACCACAGGGCAAUGACAGUGGGGCCAGGACUGUCCCCGGGAGCAUUAAGAGGACAGCUUCUGUGGAAUACAAGGGCGAUUGCGUGCGUCACCCCAGCGAGGAGGCAGCCAAUGGACCUGCUUCUGGGGACCCAGCCGACGGCAACCUUGAGGAUGCUUGCAUUGUGAGAAUUGGUGGUGAUGAGGGGGGCCGGCCACCUGAAGCCGAGGACCCUGCUGCAGGGAACCAAGCCAGGAAUGGGGCCGGGGGGACCCCAAGGGGCCAAACACCCAACCACAAUCAGCGAGAUGGGGAUUCGGGGAGCCUGGGCAGCCCCUCAGCCUCCAGGGAGUCCCUGGUGAAGGCGCGAGCCGGGCCGGACGGCAGUAGCAGUGGGGAGCCAGGCACCAACAGCAAGCUCCUGUACAAGACCUCGGUGGUGAAGAAGGCAGCAGCUCGCAGGAGGCGGCACCCUGAUGAGGCCUUUGACCAUGAGGUCUCGGCCUUCUUCCCGGCCAAUCUGGACUUCCUGUGCCUGCAGGAGGUGUUUGACAAGCGGGCAGCUGCCAAGUUGAAAGAGCAGCUGCAUGGCUACUUCGAGUACGUCCUGUAUGACGUCGGGGUGUAUGGCUGCUAUGGCUGCUGUAACUUCAAGUGUCUCAACAGCGGCCUCUUGUUUGCCAGCCGCUACCCUGUCAUGGAUGUGGCCUAUCACUGUUACCCCAAUGGGUGCAGCUUCGACGCCCUGGCCUCUAAGGGAGCUCUGUUUCUCAAGGUGCAGGUGGGAAGCACACCUCAGGACCAAAGAAUUGUCGGAUAUGUCGCCUGCACACACCUGCAUGCCCCACCAGAGGACAGUGCCAUCCGGUGCCAGCAGCUGGACCUGCUUCAGGACUGGCUGGCUGAUUUCCGAAAAUCUACCUCCUCGUCCAGCACAGCCAACCCCGAGGAGCUGGUGGCAUUUGAUAUCGUCUGCGGAGAUCUGAACUUUGACAACUGCUCCUCUGAUGACAAGCUGGAGCAGCAGCACUCCCUGUUUACACGCUACAAGGACCCCUGCCGCCUGGGGCCUGGCGAGGAGAAGCCUUGGGCCAUCGGUACUCUGCUGGACACGAACGGCCUCCAUGAUGAGGAUGUGUGCACCCCUGACAAUCUUCAAAAGGUCCUGGAGAGUGAGGAAGGCCGCAGGGAGUACCUGGCCUUCCCCACCAGCAAAAGCCCUGGAGCCGGACAGAAGGGGCGGAAGGACUUGCUGAAGGGAAACGGCCGGCGCAUCGACUACAUCCUGCACGCCGAGGAGGGGCUGUGCCCUGACUGGAAAGCCGAGGUCGAAGAGUUCAGUUUUAUCACCCAGCUGUCAGGCCUGACUGACCACCUCCCUGUGGCCAUGCGGCUGAUGGUGUCUGCAGGGGAGGAGGAGGCGUAGACCAGCCACGCCACCGGCACCCAAGCAAUGGGACCCUCUGCCAGCUCUUUGAGUUGCAGCCCAUCCCUGGGCUGCGUCUCCUCUUUGGAGCCCAGUGCUGGGGGGAGGAGGGCAGGGGAGAGGGAAGGAGCCAUGGUCAGUCCCAGGGAGCAUGGCGGCCAGGCUACUCUGCACCUCCGGGCUGUCUCUGAUGACAGAGGACUCAGGCCAGCCUGGGAACCCUUGGCUGCCUAACCAGUGCCAUUCUUUCCAAUCGUGAUUUUCUACAGAUCCACACAGCACAACCUAGUUUGUAACCCGAGCAUUAGUAUGAGGACCGGGUUUAUGUACUCUUUGUAUCUCUUCUCAAGCUUCGUCCAGGGUUCAUUACUUUUGUCUGCUGCCAAUGUUGUCUCGCAUGCCUGCACCCUCGCAUGCACGCUGCCCGCAUGCCAUGUGCCAUGCUGUAGCACCCAGACCCCUUGCUCGGGCCUCACCCAAGGCCAAACUCCAAACACAAUCAGAACCAGCCAAAGAAGCACUUUCUGGGCACAGCCACCAGCUCUUCGCCUCCAGCCUGGAAGGCUCACUGUGGGGGCGUGAGGGCUGCUGUGAGCUGCCAACCCAGGGCUCUUCCCAGCGUCUUGCAUUCAAGGGCGAUGACAUUUCAAAAAGAAAACAGAAAAAGUUAAAAACAAAAUCACCCUUCACUUUCAAGGGUCUGCAAGUCACUGGGUGGAAUUUUGCUCUUCCCCAGCUCACACAUUAGGGUCCAGCUGGCUCUGGCCACCCCAGCAGCUCCCGUGAGAGACUGGCCUGGUCUGCAGAGCCAUAACAGGAAAUCCAAGAAGAGGGCAGCACUUUUUUACAUGAAGGGGACUCACAACAUACAGGGGUGGGUGGGGUCCUGAUUUUGAAAAUGACAAGUUUGUAACUUCUUCUCUUCUAUCCAAGCCAACAUGUCCUCUCCUUUCUGCCGGGCCCCUUGGGUCCCGUCCUUACUGGGGACUUGCCUCAUCCAUGUACGGCUGAGCUCAGGAACCAUCUGCCUGCCCCCAGGUGGGGCUGUGGCUCUGGCCUCCCAGGCCCACUCUCCUUAAUAUCAUUUAUUUCAGCCAAUGUCACAUUGGGGAGGGGACCCUGGACAAAGGAACAGGAAGCCAAGGGGUGAUUUGUCCUUUUCUAAUGUGCAGGCUGGGGUAGCCAGGCCAACAAUCAAUGUUUAUCUAGAGCAGGGUGGGGGUGAUUCUAGAUAGUAUCCAGGCACACACAGCCACUCUUGCCACCAUGCAACCAGGGCCAGCUCCAGGCUCAGCAAGGUGGAACCGGCUUGCAGCCCACCGUCCAUCUGGCCCAGGUGUGUGGUGGAGGCCUGGAGCUGCUCAGGACCCCUAAGGCGGCAUGGCCUCUGCUCACUUGCCUUCAGAGGGGCUCAUCCCCAGCUACAUAUGGAAAGCGUCUGUUUCAAGGUGCCGAGCUCCAACCUGAGGGACUGUUUUUGACAAGCCCACUGGUCUCCUCAAAGCCCGCUUUGCCCUGGUGAGGAUGGAGGGAACACCAGGACCCUGCUGUUGGGACCUCUCAGUGCUUGUACACUGAAGCUGUGCCUUGUCACCCACUGAGCAGCGAGAGACCAAGAGGUGGGACACACAUCCAGCCAGACACCAGGAUGUGCUGGGCUGAUCCCUCAAAGCCUAGGCAGCUUGGCACUAGGACAUUCAUCAAUGGUGACAUUGGUCUGCCUAGACCUCCUGGCCUCACCCCACGUUCCACUGUUCAGACCCAAGAAAGAGCUGCUCUCGGCUAAGACAGCCCUGCUGUGCUCUCUGCUUUGUCCUCCUCCAAGGGUCUGACCUCCCAGGGCCCUGAGGAGGCCUCGUGGAGUAGAAGGCUCCUCACUCAUGGGAACAGCCAGGUCUCCUCCUACACACUGGGCUCCGAUGGGCAGGCCCAAUUCCUCAACCUGUGCUGCUGUGCACACAGGGAGAGUAGCAGAGGCCAGAGCCCUGAAACCAGACUCCAGAGCUACUGCCCGAGGGUGAGGGCAGACCCUGUGGAGUCAGAGCCACAUGCCUCUCCCCCUCCCAACUUCCAGGGCGGCCUUAGGCAACUCACACCGCCCUGUGCCUCAGUCAUCUUCUGUCAUCACAAGGUUGCCCCUGUGCCCAGUCAGGUCCAGGAGUCCAGUGGAGGAACAGCCUGUUUCCCAGCUCCCCUACACCUCCCUUGGCACUGAGGUCUUGGCCAUCCACCACACACUUUAUAGUGGUUUGCCUGUGGACUCAGGGCUUGUGCACAGCCAGGCCUUUCUACUUCAGUUUUUUAAAGGAAGUAACAUACUGCCAGGAUCUCAGAUUCUGUGGCAUCUAAGGCCUGUGAAGGGGUGGUCAUAGGGGUCCCCCAGAUCCUAAACCAAGGUUCUGCCUGCGCCAGGCCCACCUCAAGGAAGCCCUGGGUAGGUGGGGUCAGCUUAGGAACAUUCAUUCUCAUUUGUCCAAAACCACCUUGAGUUUUAAGUAUGAAUAUUAAUCUUGAUGCUUUUUAACUAUUGUAUUAACUUGCUGAGAUUUAGAAAUACUGUUUUAAAAAAAAGAAAAACGUUUUUUAAUUUCUGUAUUUUUUUUCUGUAUUGUAUCCUCAUGGGACAUUAGGGGUUUUAUAUGGUAAGACACCUAAGGUUUUGGUAAAAAAAAAAAAAAAAAUUAUCAAAUUAUAUCCAGACGAUUCUUCCCUAGAAGAAAAACAAUCUUUACAUGUGAUAAAAAAAAAAUAUUGAAAACAGAGGUGGAUUUUUCCUUUAUGGUGCUGACAGGAAGGAUGGAGAAUGAGGAGAAAAUAAAACUGUGAGGCUCAA